AUGGCGCCCCACAGAAAACCCGAUAUUCUUUCUUGCGACCUUUCGCAGCUAUUUCUCCAGCUCAAGGUGCUUGGGGUUUCGAAUCCUCUGGAGUUUCCUUUUCUUGACGCUCCGCCAAAAGAGGCAUUUGCUGCUGCUGGGAGAAAUUUGUACCGCCUGGAAGCCAUUGACGAAAAGGGAGAACUCACCAAACUGGGGCGGCAGCUAACGGCGCUGCCGCUGCCGCCAGUUCUUGGGGCUUUGCUGCUGUCAGCAACUUCUUUGAAUUGUUUGGAAGAGGCCCUGACUUUAGUGGCGGUGCUUUCUGCAGAAAACGUGUGGGCCACGCCUUUUGCCUUGUCCCGUGGAAAGGCCGCAGCUCUAAGCAAAGCCAGAAAACAAUUUACAGAUCCCACCAGCGAUCACCUCACCUUGGUUGGCGCCUACAACUGCUGGGCACGGGCAGAAGACCAGCGCGCGUUUUGCCGCGAGACAGGACUGCAGCACUCGGCGCUGCUGAGGGCCAAAUUGAUUCGGGAGCAGCUGCAGCAGGGAUUGCGGGGCUUGGGAUAUACAGACCCCGCGCUGCAGCUGCUGCAGCAGCAGCAGCAGCAGCAGGCGCUGGACCUUAAGCGGUGUCUUGCUAAAAGCUGCUGGCAGCAAGCAGCAAAGCUGCAGGCAGAUUCCCGUCAGUACAUCACAGUGGUGAGUGCAGCCACAUACCCCACAGAUCCACAGCAGCAGCAGCAGCAGCAGCAGCAGCAGUAG